AUGGCUAGCCACAACGACCCGCGCUUACUCUACUCCAUCCCCGGGAUCAAAGCCUACCACAUUCAGAAUGGCGAGGAGGAUUCUCUGACGCCAUCGGGCCCACAGACGCUGUCGCUGCUGAUGGUGCCCACCACCAGCCCCUUCGCCGAUCCCGCCGCGCGCACCGCCAACGAGUCGCCAGAGGAGGACUUUUACCUUCAUCUGAACCUGCCGCCCGAGCUCGACCUCCCCCUUCCCGCGACCACGCAGAUCUACCACCAGCCGCCCAGCAGCUAUCUGAUCCCGCGCUGGGAUCUUGGCCCCGACAGCGGCGCAUUCACGCGCAUUGAGUUCCCGCCGCUCGGCCAGGGUGUACUUCAGGAGGAUGUCGACACGUUUGAGACAAUUUUGGCACAAUGCACCGCCUUCCUUGAGCGCGCGCAGGCCCCGCGCACCGAGAAGGGCGAGAAGGGCGGUCUUGCUCCCGCAUACAAUCCCGCUGCGUACAAGCCCGGUGAAGGUUAUGUCGAGGGCACCGGCAAGGGCCAGCAUGGACAAAUUGUCCUCAUCGACGAGGAGAACGGAAGCGUCGUGGGCGAGCUUGCAGACGGAGCUUCGAUUGACGAAGACCCGAGGCUGAAGCCCGGCUCGAAGAAUCCCGUCGAGGUGGAAAUCAGUCAAGACGGCAAACAUGUCGAUGUACGCCCCAUCUCCGAGGAAUACUUGCGCAUGGCCCGGCACCCCGCCUACAAGAACUCGUCUUUGGUGCAAAACGCCGCUGCUGCAUCGCGCUUGAUUGUCACUGGCUCCACGUACCUGAGCGACGCCAUGACGUCUGGAGCGAGCACCUUCACCCAGAAGACCAAGCCGAACCAGAAGCCUGUCACAUUCAAGCCGGCCACGCAUGACCACGUGAGGAAAAUACACGAGCUCACGCAUUCUGCUGCCACCAUAUCCGCGAAGACCGUGGGUCAAGCUACCAAGUACGCGCAGAACAUCGGCGCAUCGCUCUCUGGGCGAGGCAAAGGCAAAGAGAAGGGAGAGAACUACAAGCCGGGAUUCCUCAACAAGUCCAUGAUUGCCUUCUCCACCGUCGCUGACGGACUUGAGUACGGCGGGAAGAAGCUGCUCUCGUCCAGUGGUGCGGCAGCUUCGCAAAUGGUCGGGCACAAGUAUGGCCAGGAUGCAGGAAACCUCACUGCAGAAUUGGCGGGCGGCGUCAAGAACGUUGGCCUCGUCUACAUUGAUGUGACGGGUGUCUCACGUCGCGCGGUGCUGAAGUCGGUGGCCAAGGGCAUGGUUGUUGGUAAAGUCAAGGGAGGCGGUGAAGUUGUCGUGGGCGGUGGUGAUGGCGGUGACAUUCCGCCCGAGGACGCGAAGAAGGCUGAGGCCUACGGUGCAGCUCGGACUGGCGUGGUCAAUGAUAACCUUGGCCAAGGCCAGCCAGGCGCUGGCUCUGAUGCGCCUGGUGGUGUCGUUGGAUUUGGCAACGCCGUCCCGCAGAGUGGAAGCUCUGGGGUUGGUGAGCCUCUGGCAGGGCAGGCACUGCAGGGUCAGUAUAUCAACGAGAAGCGAUGA